UCCCUAGAAGACUGUUGUUAGCAAAAAUCGAAUCGGAUCUCAGUGAUCAGAGAGUCAAAUCGAUCGAGCGAAGAUGACGGAGGCGAUGAUAAGGAAGAAGCCGGGGAUGGCGAGCGUAAAGGAUAUGCCGCUGCUUCAGGAUGGUCCACCACCGGGUGGGUUCGCGCCGGUCCGAUACGCUCGCCGGAUAUCCAACACGGGUCCUAGCGCCAUGGCGAUUUUCCUCACCGUUUCGGGUGCCUUUGCUUGGGGAAUGUACCAGGUCGGGCAAGGAAACAAAAUCCGCAGGGCGUUGAAGGAAGAGAAAUAUGCUGCUCGUAGAGCAAUACUUCCCAUUCUUCAAGCUGAAGAAGAUGAAAGGUUUGUGUCGGAGUGGAAAAAGUAUCUGGACUACGAGGCCGAUGUAAUGAAGGAUGUUCCGGGAUGGAAAGUUGGUGAGAACGUUUACAAUUCUGGUCGUUGGAUGCCACCGGCCACUGGGGAACUCCGUCCUGAUGUCUGGUGAUCUCUUCUUAGUUUCUCUCACAAAGUCAGUCAUAUGAUGAUGAUGAUGAUGAUGAUGAAUGAAUGUUUCAGUGAGGAUUAAUAAUAUGUUAUCUUUUUCAUCGGAUAAUAUGAGAAAGAAUGAUCCAACAGACCGUUGUUCUUGGUUUUGGUUUUGCUUGAAUAUUAAUCUUUUUUGUUUCAAUUGUAAAACGAGACAACAACAAUGAGUUUCGUCAGACAUCAAAUAAAACCUUUCAGUCCGGUUUAAAA